AUGGGUUAUGUGUGGGAUGAGACUUACGAGCCUGCAACUGUAGCGUUCAUUUUGAUCGGAUCCGCGCUGGUGUUCAUCAUGAUCCCAGGCCUGGGAUUUCUAUACUCGGGUCUCACGCGAAGGAAAUCUGCUCUGGCGCAAAUAUGGAUCGUUUUGAUGGCCACACUAGUGGGGAUAUUGCAAUGGUAUUUCUGGGGGUUUUCGCUGGCGUUCUCCAAGACAUCAAAAAAUCACAAAUUUAUAGGAAAUUUGGAUUCAUUCGGGUUCAGAAACGUUUACGGGAAAGCGGAUCCCGACAGCCAGUACCCAGAAAUUGCAUUUGCCGGAUUCCAAGGCCUUUUUAUGUGUGUGACCCUCAGCAUUAUCGCCGGCUGUACAGCUGAGAGAGGCAGACUUCUGCCGCACACAGUCUUUUUGUUUUGUUUCGCCACGCUUGUAUACUGCCCCGUGACAUAUUGGAUAUGGGAUUCUGACGGAUGGGCUUAUCGCUGGGGAGUACUGGACUGGGCCGGAGGUGGCCCCGUUGAAGUCCUAUCCAGUGUGGGCGGGUUUGUCUACUCUGCAUUUUUGGGCAAGAGAAAAGAAAGCCUGCUAAUCAAUUUUAGACCCCACAACGUGUCCAUGGUCACCUUAGGCACUUCAUUACUAUGGUUUGGAUGGUUAGGCUUCAAUUCAUGCACGUCUUUGAGUCCCAACCUUAGAUCUUCCUACGCUUUCAUGAACACCAAUUUGAGUGCAGCUGUGGGAGGCAUGACAUGGUGUUUGCUGGAUUUCAGACUUGAGAAAAAGUGGUCGACCGUGGGUUUAUGUUCUGGUAUUAUUUGUGGCCUGGUGGCCGCUACGCCAAGUUCCGGUUGCAUAACACUCUACGGCUCUGUGAUACAGGGUAUCGUCGCCGGCGUGGUGUGUAACUUUGCCACCAAGAUCAAGUACUACCUAAAGGUUGAUGAUUCCAUGGAUAUUCUCGCGGAGCACGGUAUCGCCGGUGUUGUAGGGCUAAUCUUCAACGCGCUGUUUGCCGCGGACUGGGUAGUUGGUAUGGAUGGGACUACCGAACAUGACGGUGGCUGGAUUACCCAUAAUUACAAACAGAUGUACAAGCAGAUCGCUUACGUGGCAGCUGUGUACGGUUACGGAGUAGUUGUGACCGCUAUCAUAUGUUUUGUGAUAGACAAAAUCCCAGGGCUGCAACUCAGAGCCAGCGAAGAGGCCGAAGAGCAGGGAUUGGACGAAGACCAAAUAGGUGAGUUUGCUUACGACUACGUCGAGGUUCGGAGAGAUUACUAUUCGUGGGGGUCAAAUAGACCGGAGGGUUCGUCGGAUGACAAUGAUUCCCAGCCCCAAGAGGAAAAACAUCUUUAG